AUGCAGCGUGUGGAAACAUUAGCUUCACAUGUUGGCUAUCGAAGCUACUGCCAUAUGGAACAAUCUGAGAAUUGUGCUAUUAUUAUUCUUCACCAGGAGCCAUUUAAUGCCCUCACUACAAGUAUGCGGGCAGCUAUACAUCAUUACUUUUGUAUAGCUCAGAACGAUCCUAAUAUAAACUCUAUUAUUAUUACUGGUGAUGGUGGUGCCUUUUCCUGUGGUGUAGAUACUACAGACUUUAAAGCCUCUGCACUACAGACAAGCUAUGAAAAUGAUGUUAUUCCUACUCUAGCUGCACUUACAAAUAUGGUUGAGGCAUGUUCAAAAGUUGUGGUAGCAGCCAUACAUGGUAUGGCCUUUUCUGGAGGAUUGGAGUUAGCCCUUGCAUCUCACUACCGAGUCGCUACACCAGCAUCUGUAUUUUCUUUUCCGGAAGUUCAACUUGGUAUUGUACCUUGUGGUGGUGGGACACAACGACUCCCACGUUUAAUUGGGGUACGUCCUGCUCUUGGAAUGAUAACGACAUCAAGGAAAGUGAACGCCUACGAAGCACUUGAUAUGGGUCUUAUAGAUCACAUCACAAAGGAUGUUCGAGAUGGAAAAAAAGAUAAUAAUAAUAAUACAUUUAGAAAUAAUAAAAAAGAAACUCUAACAAGUGGAAAUCAUAAUGAAGCUGUUAUAGUUGCACUUUCUAUGUUAAAAAAGUGGAAAAACCCACGACGUCUCUCGUGUGAAAAUGGAAAGCUCGGGAAUACUUUUUUUAACCGUCUUGUACUAGCGUGGAUGAAACGGGAAAUUAUGAAAAAGACUCCAAAAGGUGUGAAGGCGCCUCUUUUUUGUCUUGAGGCUAUUCAAGCUGCUAUCACAGCACCAUCCUUUGCGGAUGGACUAAAGGAAGAAAUGAGACUCUUUUUAGAAGCUAUGGAAUCACCUGAAGCUUCUGCUAUGCAACAUCUAUUACGUUCUUCUCGUGAAGCACUUCGCAGUAUUCCCGCAUCACUACCCGGUGUGGGGACACCUUCUAUAGGAUGUGGAAUUUCUAUUCGACGUUUGGGUGUUAUUGGGUGUGGUACUGUUGGUAUGGGCGUUGUCCUCCUCGCGUUACGCACACGACUCCCAGUGGUUGUUGUGGAACUUAACGAAGAACGGUGUCAGCAGGUACUCUCUGCGUUGCGGGCAGAGUUGGAGAUUGAUGUGGCGAAUAACCUUCUCUCUCAAGAGCAGCACAAACUUUGUUUGACGAUGUUAUCCAUUAUCCCAUAUAAUGGUGAUCUUCUCUCAGCAAUGCGUGGGGUGGACUUGCUCCUGGAAUGCGUCAGCGAGGAUCUUGAGCUUAAGAAAAAAAUAUUUGCCCGUAUGAGUACAGUGUGCUCUCCUGAAUGCGUUAUGGCUUCCAGCACUUCUUCAUUGAGAGUAGGUGAAUUAGCAAAGGUGACACAGAGACCAGAAAAGGUAAUUGGAAUGCAUUUUAUCCCUCCAUCCGAUAUUACACCAUUGUUGGAGAUUGCACAAGGAGAGUGUACAGAUCGUUAUACUCUGCUGCAGGCAGUUCGACUUGGUCGACUAUUUCAUAAGGCCAUAGUUAUAACCAAUGAUGUCGGUGCACGACUGACUACCCGACUUUUUUCUACAUGCAUGUAUCAGUCAUUUGCUAUGUUAGAGCAGGGAGCCUUCCCUUUUGAGAUUGAUCGCGCCUUGCGGAUGUUUGGUUUUCGUAUUGGUGUAUUCGCUUUGGAAGACUUGGCAGGAUUGGAUUUCAGCGCUAAAAUUCGUGGAGCUCUACAGAAACAUGGCAGAUCACCUUUCCCCGCUGCGGAUGUUUUUACCAUCUCGCAGCUUUUGGUAGAAGAAGGUCGUCUUGGCCAAAAGACUGGUCGAGGAUGGUACAGUUACGAGAGUGGGAGUCUCCUUGGUGCGGUGGAUGAUCUCCUGCACAGUGCGAGACGUGAGGAGGAGGAAGAGGGAGAAGAUCGUGUAGCCUCAUGGGGUGUGUGGAGAAAAGGCGGAGCGAAGUUAAGACGAAAGCCACGGCCUGAUCGGGCAGUGGAGUUGCUGAUUCUUGACGUUUGCAGACGAAAAGAAAUUUUACGUCGUGACAUUAGCGCCAAAGAGAUUGUUGAACGUUUUUUAUUUGUUGCCAUUAACGAGGCGGCUAAACUAUUGGGUGAGGGAGUGGUGUCGAGCUCAGCGGCAGUGGAUGUCGCCUUGACGUUUGGCUAUGGAUUUCCUGCUUGGAAAGGUGGUCUAUGUUAUUAUGCAGAUAAAUUUGGAUUGGCGAAUGUAGUUUGCCGCAUGCACAUCUACAAUCGUGCCCUUGGCGAUGCACUGUUUCCACCACCGUGUGAAGAGUUGGUAGCCAUGGCGUCAUCACAGCAGACGUUUCGAUCAAAAUGGCCUUAG